UCACCUUGGUUUUGGAGGAAGAGCAGUAGAGGAAAGGCCACGAUGGGAUCUGCUACUGUUAUUACUAUAACCUUGAUAUUACUGUUAGGGAUUAUAGGGAGCUUUGACACAAUACGUGGCGUGCAGGGGAAAUGUUUGAAACCGCAUCCAACUAUAAAAUGCAGUCGUCAUAAACCCAAAGCCUGUCCAAAGUCGUACAUAUGCUCAAGAAAGGAUAACUUUAAAUGUUGCAAGCAGAAUCCACCAAUAACAUGUAAAGAUGAUAAAGGUAACAUUCGUAAGGAAAAGGAUGAAUGGAAACACUCUGACCAAUGCAACACAUGUAUGUGUGGAAAGCAAGGGAAAAUAGAAUGCACCAAUAGGAAAGGUUGUUCUGAUUGUUUGAAUCCGCAUCCAUCUAUUAAAUGUAGCGGGCGGUCUGAUGCAUGUCCAAACUCCUACAAGUGCUCAAAAGUUAAAAAUGAUGAUAGAUGUUGUCAAUACAGUAGACCAGACACAUGUAAAACGGUAUAUACAGAUCCUCCUAAAAAUCUCUUACCUAGAUCAUGCAAGGGAAAAGGUAGCAGAGCAUGUCCAGGAGGAUACAAAUGUCAAAGCUUUGGAGGAAAUAAAUUCACGAUGUGCUGCUUGGAAAGUGUUACUACAUGCAAAGAUAAUAAAGGUAACAUUCGUAAGGAAAAUGAAAAAUGGAAAGACCAAUGUAACACAUGUUCUUGUAAAGGCCAAGGGAAAAUAGAAUGUACAAAAAGGAUUUGUUCAACAACUCAACCUCCAACGUAUGAAUGCCAUCCAUCCAUAAAAUGUAGCCGUCGAUCUCCCAAUGCCUGCCCGAAAACAUAC